CUGUCUCAGGCUGUGUCUCUGUCUGUCUCAGGCUGUGUCUCUGUCUGUCUCAGGCUGUCUGUCUCUGUCUGUCUCAGGCUGUCUGUCUCUGUCUGUCUGUCUGUCUCAGGCUGUUUGCUGAGCUGUUAAUAUGUAGCAGGAAGUGGGCGUCAUCUGUAACCAGCUCUGUGUAAUGGGAGGAGGUUGCAAACCAGGGAAGAGAGUGCUAAACUGAGAGCUGCAGUUGCAAACCAGGGAAGAGAGUGCUAAACUGAGAGCUGCAGUUGUGAACCAGGGAAGAGAGUGCUAAACUGAGAGCUGCAGUUGUGAACCAGGGAAGAGAGUGCUAAACUGAGAGCUGUAGUUGUGAACCAGGGAAGAGAGUGCUAAACUGAGAGCUGCAGUUGUGAACCAGGGAAGAGAGUGCUAAACUGAGAGCUGUAGUUGUGAACCAGGGAAGAGAGUGCUAAACUGAGAGCUGCAGUUGUGAACCAGGGAAGAGAGUGCUAAACUGAGAGCUGUAGUUGUGAACCAGGGAAGAGAGUGCUAAACUGAGAGCUGCAGUUGUGAACCAGGGAAGAGAGUGCUAAACUGAGAGCUGCAGUUGUGAACCAGGGAAGAGAGUGCUGUAAAGUGAGAGCUGCAGUUGUGAACCAGGGAAGAGAGUGCUGUAAAGUGAGACCUCAGCUGUGAACCAGGAAGAGAGUGCUGUAAAGUGAGACCUCAGCUGUGAACCAGGAAGAGAGUGCUGUAAAGUGAGACCUCAGCUGUGAACCAGGAAGAGAGUGCUGUAAAGUGAGACCUCAGCUGUGAACCAGGAAGAGAGUGCUGUAAAGUGAGACCUCAGCUGUGAACCAGGAAGAGAGUGCUGUAAAGUGAGACCUCAGCUGUGAACCAGGAAUAGAGUGCUGUAAAGUGAGACCUCAGCUGUGAACAAGGAAGAGAGUGCUGUAAAGUGAGGCCUCAGCUGUUAACCAGGAAGAGAGUGCUGUAAAGUGAGACCUCAGCUGUUAACCAGGAAGAGAGUGCUGUAAAGUGAGAGCUGCAAAAGUUCUCAGAGCAGUAACAGAAGAUCAGCAAACUGGUGUGAGUGAUGGAAACCAGUAGCAAAGUGUACUAAAGAGAGUGUUGUGACAAGACUUGAGAGUGCUGUAACAAGAAAGAGAAUGUUGUAACAAGACUUGAGAGUGCUGUAACAAGAAAGAGAAUGUUGUAACAAGACUUGAGAGUGCUGUAACAAGAAAGAGACUAUUGUAACAAGACUUGAGAGUGCUGUAACAAGAAAGAGACUGUUGUAACAAGACUUGAGAGUGCUGUAACAAGAAAGAGACUAUUGUAACAAGACUUGAGAGUGCUGUAACAAGAAAGAGACUGUUGUAACAAGACUUGAGAGUGCUGUAACAAGAAAGAGACUGUUGUAACAAGACUUGAGAGUGCUGUAACAAGAAAGAGACUGUUGUAACAAGACUUGAGAGUGCUGUAACAAGAAAGAGACUGUUGUAACAAGACUUGAGAGUGCUGUAACAAGAAAGAGACUGUUGUAACAAGACUUGAGAGUGAUGUAACAAGAAAGAGACUGUUGUAACAAGACUUGAGAGUGAUGUAAACCAGUACAGUGAACACAAACUAGAAAUAACAAUACACAACUGGAGAACUAGAAACAAAAGAGGACACGUCCUGUGAUUUGUGCUAAAUUAAAUAGGUGAAUAUAUGGGUAAACUGAAGGGAACAGAAUCCUGAGAAACAUAAAGAUCAGUGACAAAAUGCAGAACCAACGCUCUGAGGACAACAUAACAAUGUCACAGAAUGAGAUUAAGUUUGAGGAAGUCUCCAUUUAUUUCUCGGAGGAAGAGUGGGGUUGUUUGCGUGAAGAUCAGAAGUUGCUCUAUAAAGACGUCAUGAUGGAAACCUACCAGACUAUCUUGUCUCUGGGAUGGGGCGGAGGAAAGCCAGCCGCCAUAUCGGAGAUAGAACAAGGCGUAGAGCCAUAUGUGAGAUGCUCUCAACAGAUAAAGGAGGAAGAACAGCCAAAAAAUACCAAGCAAGAUGGAUUAUUUAUCAGGAAUAGUUUACAACACCCUUUCUCUUCUUCAACACCCAGUUUGAUGGAAGACACUUUUUAUAUGCAAAGUUCUCAAGCACCAAGUUCUAGUAGAAGACAAAGCAAAAAUCAUUAUUCAAAAGUGGAAGACGUGCUUAAAGACUUAAACUCACAUGCAGAGGAACAUUUUAAAGAACGUCCUAUGUAUAUAAGUAGAAAAAAUAUAAGUAAGUUUAAUGUUAUUACUGAUGAAACCAGUAAAGUACAAAGUAUUCAUAAAGACAUUUUUGCUACACAAAGUUCUCAGUCACAAAACCAUAUUAGAAAUCGUGUAAUCAAACUUCACAAUUUAAGCGUGGAAACACUGAUUAAAGACUUAAACCCAAAUUCAGAAGCUCAUUUUACUGGUAGAGAAAACAGAACUAUUGUCUUUAACAAAACCAACAAGGCACCAAGUGUUUGUGAGGAAAUGUCAGCAAAUUCACAGAAUAGACCUGCAUGUAGCAAACGUCUAGAUACAGAAUCACUUGAUACCCAUAAACCAAAUCAUGUUAUGGAGCUGACAGUUGACAAAAGCAAGAGACUAACUGAAUGUGGAAAAUCUGUUUUGUUUAAAGAUCAGAGAAUUUAUACAGUAGAGAAACCUUCUCCAGGUGCUGAAAAUGGAACAUUUUUACAUCAGAAUUCUGGAAGAGAACAACUAUUUCCAUGUUCUGAAUGCAACACAUAUUUUACCAGUAGUGUUUAUCUUUAUAAACAUCAGAAAUUUUGCUUAGGAGGGAAACCAUUUUCAUGUUCUGAAUGUGAGAAACAAUUUACAUCCAGGUCUGCUCUUAGGAAACAUCAGUUAGUACAUACAGGAGUUAAAGCAUUUCAGUGCCCGGAGUGUGAAAAAUGCUUUACCAGAAAGAAUAGAUUAGAUAACCAUUUAACAACUCAUACAGAGAAGAGACCUUUUAGGUGCCCUGAGUGCAAGAAAUGCUAUAAGACAAAGCAAAUUCUUGAUAAGCAUGUAAAGAUUCACUCAGGAGAAAAGCCAUUUGGUUGCACAGAGUGUGGGAAAACUUUUAGGGCAAAGAGUUAUCUUGAUAAUCAUGUAAUGAUUCAUACAGGGGAAAGGCCACUAUCAUGCUCUGAAUGUAACAUGAGUUUUAGGUGGAAAAAAUGUCUAGCUAGACACUUGAGAUUUCAUAGGGGAGAGAAGCCAUAUGCUUGCUUAGAAUGUGGGAAAUAUUUUAGCCAAAAGGCCAAACUUCAGAUACAUCAGAGAAUUCAUACAGGGGAGAAACCCUUUGCAUGCCCUGAAUGUGAGCAGUGCUUUAGAUGGCCCUACCAGCUGGAUAACCAUAAACAAAAUCAUCUAUAAUGUUUUAAUAAAUAAACUUGUUUUAUUUCUCUUUAGAUAGAUUGUAUGUUUGGUUUGGAGUCUGAUACUUUAUACAGUUUAUAUACUUUCUAAAUAGAAUAUGUUGGGGGAGUAACCCUUUCCAUUGCAGUGUUGUAUGAAUUAUGUACAGUUUAUACAUCAUCAUGUUCAUGAAACACUAGAGUCUUGUGCCGUGCCAAAAAGUUCAGUUCGUCUGAAUCUUCAGAAUUAAUAUUCACGCAAAUUUGUUUCUCCGAAUAUUCAUUGGUUGCACUAUUUGGUAUUCAUUUAGUUUUAAACAAAAUGAAUACUGAAUAUUUGUAGAAUAUUUACACUAUUUGCAUUAAACAAAUGUAAAUAUUCCUAAACUACAGGUGAAAAGGUUCACCUGUAGCUUGUACUUACUUUAGCUUGCUGGAGAGCUGAACUAAUCUGCUCCUCUUUUUCGCAGAGCCCUGGCCGCGUUGAUAUACGGCUUCGUGCCGCAGCUCCCAAGGCCUGAACUAAAGGACCUUCUCCUUUAGUCCAGGACCUGAGAGCUGCCGCGUUGGGCCUCCUAUUAGCACAGCCAGCACUCUGUGAAAAAGAGGAGCUCUUCAGCAUGAGAAUGGUAAGUACUUAACCCCGUAUAGGUAAUUAAAGGAAACAAAUGAAUAGUGAUGAAUUUCGUCUGCAUUUUUUAGUUUUCUUUAAAUUUCAUUUGUGCGUUUAUUUGAAUAUUUGUUUUGUGAUAAUGUAACUAUCUGUUUUUUGUUAUGAAUUUGAAUUUGUAACGAAGGGAAUGCACAUCACUAAUUUGUAUCUAACUCAGUUAAAUUAUUUUACAGACAUUAUAAUGCACAAUUCAUUCAUAAGCUUUCAUGUUUAACUAUAGCUUUUGGCUGAGCAUUUUUUAUUUCAAAUCCUUGUUGCAUCUUUUUUUUCGGAGUAUUUCAUUUUUACUUUACUAAGCAGAUUUCUUUUUUAUGUUCAAUUUUUUCUGAUGCCAUAAUGAGAUGCAUUGUGGGUUGUUGUGUCGAAAUAUCAAACCCGCCAGAAUGUGCGACCGUGACGUCACCACAUUCCUGAGCGCAUAUGUGACUGGUUACUAAAUCUGACAGAACAGCUGAUCGAAUUUUGCAACCACAGUGCGCAUGCGACAGACGGGUCGCAGAAUCUGACAAGGCAAGAAAGGUUGUUGUAGAAAAAGAUAAAAGAACUCCGGCAAACCUCCAGGCGCUUAAUAAAAAAUAAGUUGUUUAUUUUGGAGACAAAAAUCAAGGUAUAAAAAAAGAUUAUAAAAUAAUGCUCUCAGCAGCAAGAAGGGAUGUUUUAUAUGCACAGAUGAUUUAAAAUAUAGGUGUCUGGUGUUGCAGCCAUUCCGUUGUCACGCCCCAUAACUCAUCAGUGGCACACUAUUUACCAAGAGACAGUGCUGUCAAGGUAUUUUAAAUAUUAUUAGAUGAUAUAUACAGGUAUACUUAUUAUUAUUUAAUAGAUCUGUGGCUGUGUGCAUCAAAUAAUUCAUUUAGUUUCUAAAAGCUGCAAAUGACACUGGGUCUAAAUUUAGCCCCCUCUGUCACUCAUCAAAUAAAUUACUUGCAGAACAAAGGACUGUUUCCCAAAAGAUGUCCCACUGAGGUGUGAAUUUAAAAUCCCAAGUAACUGGUAAUUAGCACAGGCUCGUAAAAUGACCCCUACUAUGUAACUGCCGUGCAUGGAGACAACAUUCUGAACCUAAAAUAGAUAAGCAAAUAACAUUUUGACUGCAUAGUGAUUAGCAUAGACUUGUUAAGUAGUCCCUGCUGUGUCAAAUAUACAAACAUUUUCCCAAAGGAACUGUAACUUAACGACCAUGUGUAAAUUAUCUCCUGUGAAGUUUUGAAUGUGCAGAGAACAGACAAAUUAGCAUUUACAGUCCCAGUAUGGCACAAAAAAAAUACAUUUUGCAAAAGGAAUGAUGCCAGUUUUUCAUGUAUGUUUGAAAUAAUUCAAAUAACCCAUAUAUGUAUAUAUAUAUUGAGCUGGGACAUAUUUUAUUAAAUAAAUAAUUGCUGUAUUGAAUAAUAACUACAUUGAUAAUAUUGCAAAUAGACAUAUGAAUGCUUAAACAUUUCAAACAAGUGGUCAUGAGCAUAAAUCUACAUAUACUCAGGAGGAAGUGUACUGAAUGUGAAACAUGUUGUAUUUGUAUGAAAUAUAUUAUAUUCCUGUUGAAAUGCAAUGCAAUAUCAGGAUUUUAAAUGCUAUUAAACAUUGAAUAGCUAGCAAUAUAAAUUACUUUAAUAUAAUAUAAUAUUAAAGAUAUAUGAUGUUUCAUAAUAAAAUAAUCAGAAAAAUGA